AUGCUCCAAGAACCUCCGCCUCACGCCAGCUUGCAGCUUCCUUGCCGGAUGUCCGACGCGGUGCCAGGUGAGCGAAGCGAGGCAGACUUCACGCCAAUCCACGCAUCCCCGAAGAGCCCAUUUGUUGACAUCGACGCCCUCGCCGACUUGGAAGUAACCCCCCAGGAAAGCGACAAGGACAAAAAGAAGAGAGAGGCUCAGGAGAAGUGCGAAGAAUUGAAGGAGUGGGGCGGCAAAGCUUCCCUGGCCACCUUGCUGUCGCUGACGACGUGCAAGGAGAAGCUUGUCCUGGAUGAUUCUCAUGUGGGGAGACUUGAUUGA